CCAUUCUUUGUGUACCUUUUCACAGUAUAGUAAAACAGAUUGUGGUUUUUAUAUGGAGUGAGUGGUGUAUAUCUGUCAAUCUAAUGACGAUAAAAGCGUAAAUGUGUGAAAUUCAGGAUUAUUCUGUCGAGCUUAAGGAUAUUUAUAACAAUAAAUAUUCGUGGAGCUCCGACAUGGAUUUAUACAUCACAGAUUCACUCCAGGAUAUGCUGGAUAUGGAUAUAAAAAAUGAAAUUGCAACAGACCUUAGCAGUAUGACAGACUUUGCCGACACUUUAGGAUCACAUUUUUCGGAGCUGCCUCCGUUAUUGGAUAUGGACACAGAUAAUUCGGCAACUUGGCUUAAUAAUAGUUCUAGUUUUGUUCAUAAUCUGGAUCUAUAUGGAUCCGAGGCAAAUGCAGUAAUGGUUAAUCCAAAUUCUGUCAUGCCUUCCACGUUUGUUGAAACUCCUGUAAAAAGUAUAGUGAAGGAGGAAGCUUCGAACUUAUUGCUAACAUCGGCUGCAGCAAACGACGAUUUAAGCAACAAUAGCAUAUCGAUUCCGAGUCCCAAAGAAGAAAAAAGUCAUUUAACAUUCUCGCCGAAUGCAAUAAAAGUAUCAAAAGUACAGGAACCAGAAGAACCAAAAACCAAGAAAAGCUCGGAGUUAGAGGAAGCGACACAAAUGGUGAUUUAUGUAAGGAAACAUGAAAAGAAUGUUGUAAAAGAUUUAUUGAAAGAUUUGGACAAAUCUAAAGUAUCAAGUAUCUCUACGCCAACCACGGUUAGAAUAAAAAGUCAGUCAGAAUUAAUAAAGGUUAACAACAAAAGCUGUUCAAUUUUAAAUACAAGCCAAAAAGUUGCACACUCAUUAGGAACAAAAACAAUAAUAUCUGGUAAUAUUCACAUAUUGGAUCCUCAACAAAUUAACAAUUCUAGAACAAUUUUAGCAAAUGGAAAUAAAAACCAGGCAACAAUAUUAAUUGACAAUUCGUCAUUAAGUAACAAUAGGCAAAUAAUUAAAACUUCUGUGAAUGGCGGUUUUACGUUAGACACUAGCCAUACUAAGUUUUUGAACGCGUCAAGCAAAACGAAUGCUGGAGAGUUUCCUAAGCCAGCAUACUCUUAUUCAUGUUUAAUAGCAAUGGCUCUGAAAAAUUCAAGAACAGGCAGCUUACCUGUUUCAGAAAUUUAUAACUUUAUGUGUCAGCAUUUCCCUUAUUUCAAAACUGCGCCAAAUGGAUGGAAAAAUUCAGUCAGGCAUAACCUUAGUUUGAACAAAUGUUUUGAAAAGAUCGAAAAACCGUCAACAAAUGGAAGUCAAAGAAAAGGAUGUCUCUGGGCCAUGAAUCCUUCAAAAGUUGGAAAAAUGGACGAAGAAGUGCAAAAAUGGUCACGAAAAGAUCCACAGGCUAUCAAGAAGGCCAUGGUUUAUCCAGAAAACUUAGAGGCUCUAGAAAGGGGUGAGAUGAAAUACAGUGGAGUAAGCGGAGACAAUGAAGCAGAUGAUGAUGCUGAUGUUGACGCUGACCCCGACCUGGACGCCGACGUCGAAAUAGACCCCGAAGUCAAAGAGGAGGUUGAAGAGGAAGAGGCUAUUAUAGAACAGGAGGUGUCUGAUCAAGAGUUGGAAGUUGAAGAAAUUGUGGAAGGGACAGGCAUGGUUGGUGGGACAUACAGGCUACUCGCCACGGGACCUUCGUCACUUACCUCAUAUAUUACUGAUGUGGAAUCCGGCGAAGAAAUCAGUGAUAUUGAAAUUCUUGAUCAAUCGUAUGAAGAAAUCGAUUUUGAUGUCACAAAACCUGUGAAAUUAGACUUGUCAAUGACAGAAAACUAUACAAUACAUCCAACAAAACGGGCAAAAACAAGCUUCAUCUACCAGCCAGUGACAACUCAGACGCACACAAGUAGAAGAAAAACGCCACUCGUCAACCGGGUCGCAUUAAUGUAAGCAAAAUUCCUAAACAACCUAAAAGACUUGUAUUCAUAGAAAAUUGUGAUCAUAACGUUAUGGGGUCAACGAUAGUACAUAGCGUAGUCUCUCCAGUGAUUGUUCCAUUGUUAGGUAAAACUUAGAUUACGUCAAAUAAUUCGAAUUGUAAUAAUUAGCCGUGAGUGUGUCGCAGAGUGCUGAAUGUGUGUAUUAUUGUAUCAAAUUCGAUCGUGAUAGUCUGUACCAGAUAAGUGUAUUUACAUGUUUUUACGAAAACAAAACACUUGUUACAUAUCUUACACUGUAAAAAUAUUAUUUGUUAAGCGAAAGCCUGUAAGAUGCGACUCGAUUAUGUCAUUAUCGAUUGUUGUACUUUUAUGUUAAUGUGAAUGAUGUGACAUUGAAUAUUGCCCAUUAGCGUUUAGAAAGGUGUUGUAGGAAAUGAUUGUUUGAUUUAGCAAGUUACUUAAGGCUGAAGUACAAAAUACUUCAUAUAAACGAACUGAACUCUUUUUCUUUAUUUUGUUUUUUAUAAAUAUGGAGGAGAUUUCCAUUCAGAUACUUGAAAUGUUUUUUUAUCGUCAGUUCGUUUGAAUGGACUUAGUACGAAAAGCUGUUUAAAUCAGAAAAGUACACAUGAAAUAAUGUAUCAGUCUAGCAACAAACGCUGUAGCGGGUAUGUGAAAUUCCCACCGCUGAUGUAUAUGUAAAUAUUGUCUGUUACUUAUGUUUUAUUUGCAUAUUAGUUGUUGUUAGUGGCAGCUUCUUCUACAAAAUUAAUAAUAUCAGUUGAAUCAUGCUGCCUUCGAUUAAAGCUAACCAUAGACAUAAUCUCAAGACAUUUUCAGGCAAAAAAUAAGAUUAGUUCAAAUUGUAUCCAAGUAAGAACUAAUGUUCGAACCUCGCUACAAAGUGGCAAAAUUGUUUUAUUUAUGAAAGCUAGAAAACCUUUUGUUUUUAUGUCUAUGUCUUUUAGUUAACGUCAACAACACACUAUGCUGUACAACUUAUUUUUAGUUAUUUUACGUUGUACCUGUUAAACAUAAACUUGUGUACAUACAUUUAUUUAAAUGUACUGUAGAAGCAUACCACUUUCAUUUUUAAUUGUUGCGAUUUCAAGAGUAAGAUGUGCAAUUUCAGUGGAUAAUACAGGUAUUGAUGUAAUUGGGUAUGCCAGUUUCAAUACAAAAUGCUUAGAAAAAUUAUGUGAAUUGAAUCUUGUUAAUGGAUUGGUUAUAUUUUCUUGACAUCAAUUUAACACAUUUCCGUGAAAAUUAAAUUGUAGUUGACGAAAUAUAAUAAGUCCAUUACAAAGUAGGUACAUAUUUUCAAAUAGUGUAUUAUUAUGUAUGAGAUAAAGUUUGGAAUGGAAUAGACUUGGUCUUUGUAGUAUUGGUUGUGUUAGUAGAUCUCUCGAAUGUAGUAAACGAAAUGGUGAGUUUAGUAUAAGUACGUCUUAGAUUAAGAUUUGGAACACGUCACAUAGACAUGAAUAGUCAAGUUUUAUUCAAUUAAUUUUAAAUGGAUACGAAUUGGAAUUGAAAUGUUAUUAACGCUAAUAAAUUCAUUAAAAUCGCUUGUAACCGAGUCAAGAUCGGUUUUGUAUCAACGAAGAUUUGAGUUCUUUGAAAACAUAGUAGCAAUCAUGUCUACAGACUGACUCGGCUACACGGCUAGCAACAGCAGAUAGAUUUACAGACAAAUAACAUGUUAGAAUUCAUAUGCAUAGAGGAUAUGUUUAAUAUGUCAUUAAUAGCCGUUAACAAAAUAUAUACACUCUUUAGAUUAGACAUAAUACUGUGAUAUAAAGCAAUGUUAAAUUCGCUACUAUAGUAAAUAAUCCUAUUUAUCACAAUUCAUUAAAAACUCUGGUAAAUGUUUGUGGACUUAUCUGCUUAGCAAUUUGUGUAGGCUUUAGGCAAAACUAAACGUAGUUGGUAAACUAGAAACAACUGAGUUAACCAAUAUGUAAGACGACAUUAUAAUAAGAGAUAAAGGAAAGUGAUAUAAGAAAACUGCUUAGUUUCUCAACAUAUUUCAUGAGGGUUAUAUAAACUUUUUGAAUGUUAUACUUCAGGGCGCAAUGUUGGGUUUGCUAAUUGUGGUAAAUAAAUUGAGAAGACUAUAACAUACGGCAAAAUUAGUAUAUAACAUACCAUGUUUUUGUUGUUCUUUAUGUUUUCAAGGAUUGUUUUUGUAGGUGAGUAUGCUACCAAGUGUAUUCUAGGGUAACAGCAUAUUUAAAGACUUGUUUACAUAAUAAAGAACGAAUUCAUGUCAUGACAGAGUAGAACAACAUUUUGCUACCGCCAUGGGAUGGGUAUGGGUAGGACAGAUUCAAUGAGAUUUGAAAAGUGUCAUCACUAUCAAACAUUCGUUCGGAUUUUUACUGCCAGAGAUCUUAAAAUUUCAAAGUUUGGCUUUACCACUAGUAGUGACCCUAACCUGACUUUUUCGAUGUACCUAAUUAUUAACCUUUGAAAUCAAUAGUAAUAAUGUAUUGUAAGUAGAAAUAGAUUACUUAAUAAAACAAAUUACAAAAACAACACGAAAGUACCCUCUCAGUAAUUUCGUUUAAUUUAGGUGCUCCAUGUAUAAUAUUUAGACACAUCAGUGCAAUUGUGUAUAUAUAAUAUCUAUUGUAGUGCGUUUUGAUAUCUCCUGCUAUAAUUCGAUAGUUUAAUUUAAAUUGAUGCGUGUGAAUUUAAUUAAAAUAAAUCAAUCGUGUUUAUGAAUUGUAUCGUAGAUGCCAUUUUCCAAAGUAAUGUAAUAGUUAAUGAAGUACCUUUAAUAGAUAAUGUUAUGACGACUGCUGCCACGCUUUACCGACUUCACAGCGGUAUCAAUGAACAUUUGGUAAUAAUUUUACUUAAAACUUUGUAAGUUUGUCAACAAUUGUCACUAGCCGCGAGUUAGCUGUAAUUUUGUACAAUACAUAGUUAAUGUAUUUUUCCACUGCCAGUAUUGCAACAUCCAAGUAAUAAGCAUUUAGCAUAAGAGUAGCUUUUAGUUUAGCUGUUAGACUACACGUAUAAGGAAACCUAGUUGAAGUAAACAAUUUUUAAUAUCAUUUUUGUAAUAAAAUUCAAUGAGUACCUACA